UUCCCGCAACUACAUUUUUUCGCGUUGGUCAGGCACCGUACGUCGCAGCAAGCACGCAUACGAGCUCAGGCAGGUCCUUUGCUCUUCCUCGCAACCUCAUCACCACACGCUUGAUAAACCUGCAAGACGCUAGUAUUUACCACUGACAUUUCACCACUAUGAAAUUCACAAUCACGAGCGCGAUGCUGCUGAUCGGCGCGCCCAUCUUGAUGGCAACUGCCACGCCGGUCGCCAUUCACGAAUCUAUCUUGCGCAGAACACCAAAGGCCUUGCCAAUUGCCAUGGCUGAGCCAGUCGCGCAACCGCUCGCCGACCUAUCGCUCGCGCACCAUCACACUGCCUUUGCCAAGCGCGACGCCGAGCCUAGCAGGACGCUCAAGAAGCGUCACACGCAAAAGAAGCGUAUGCAGAAGAAGCGUCACGCAAAGAAACGCAGCCAGAUCACGAACAAACAGACCAUGCUCUUUGAACGAUCAGCUUGUAAUGACGAAUCGGACUCGUCUACUACGAGCAACGUAUCAGAUCUGACCAAUACGUCAGGCAAGCAAGUCAGCCAGUCUGCAAGCUCCUCCACAAGCGCUGCUGCUUCCACAUCUACCUCGACCUCAUCCGUCUCUGGCACCACAUAUUCCGGCGGAGAGGCUACCUACUUCUAUCAAGGCGGCAACCCUGGAUCAUGCGGCAACUACGCCCAAGACAGCGACCUGGUCGUCGCUGUCCAGCAAACCCGGAUGAACUCAUCGCUGUGCGGCAAGAAGGUGCUCAUCACGAACACAGCGACGGGCGCCACAGUCACUGCUACGGUUGCCGACACUUGCCCAUCAUGCCAGGGCAAUCCAAACUCACUAGAUCUGAGCGUGGGCGCCUUUGAAGCGCUCGGCUCGCUUUCAUCAGGCGUCUUGCCAAUCUCGUAUGUAUUGGAAAGCUGAAUUAUACAAUGCAUGCCUUGCACGAGCUGUCACACUAGCUUGCUGCCUACGUGCUUGAUCACGAUCAUCGUCAGCCCAAUGCUCGCAAGGCCAAUGUAGCUGCCCAAUGCU